GCCAUUACGUUACGCGGCAUAAUUGUGUGAAUAAAAGCGCAGCGCGUGCCAUCGACGCUCACUGGCCCUAUAGCAUCGGGAGCCAUGUCCCGGUCGCUGCCAGUGCUCUGCGCGCUGGUAGCUCUGGCUUGCGGCGGGAAGGAAACGCCAGUGUUCAGUGAUGAAAUCAAAGAAAUAAUACAACACGUUCACAACGAGUGCGUCGGCAAGACCGGGGUCGCCGAGGAGGAUAUAGCGAAUUGCGAAAACGGCAUAUUUAAGGAGGACACCAAAUUGAAGUGCUAUAUGUUUUGCCUGCUGGAAGAAGCAAGUCUCGUGGAUGAGAAUGACACGGUGGACUACGAAAUGAUGGUGAGCCUGAUUCCCGAACAGUACGCCGACAGAGUUUCCAAGAUGAUAUUUGCGUGCAAACAUUUGGAUACACCUGACAAAGAUAAGUGCCAAAGGGCAUUUGACGUUCACAAAUGUUCAUAUUCAAAGGAUCCAGAGUUAUAUUUCUUAUUCUAGACUACGAGUAAGCUUGUGUGCUGAGAAACAAAGAGAAGACUAUGGUAACAAUACAAGUAAUUACAGUAAUUAUACUUCUUAAGUGCAAAUA